UGUUUGCUCUAGUUUUUGUUGUUUUUGAUGUUGAAACCGUUUUUCUGUAUCCGUGGGCAAUGAGUUUCGAUGUACUAGGGGUAUCCGCUUUUAUAGAAGCUUUCAUUUUCGUGCUUAUCCUAAUUCUUGGUUUAGUUUAUGCAUGGCGAAAAGGAGCGUUGGAAUGGUCUUAGUUCGUUUCCUGAAUACUUGUACAAUAACAAUAAAAAAAAAGUAAAAAAAAACCAUUGAAACAAUUAUGAAUUCCAUUAAGUUUCCCGUACUUGAUCGAACAACAAAAAACUCAGUUAUUUCAACUACGUUAAAUGAUCUUUCAAAUUGGUCAAGACUUUCCAGCCUAUGGCCGCUUCUUUAUGGUACCAGUUGUUGUUUUAUUGAAUUUGCCUCAUUAAUAGGCUCCCGAUUUGACUUUGAUCGUUAUGGGCUAGUACCAAGAUCAAGUCCUAGACAGGCGGACCUUAUUUUAACAGCAGGUACAGUAACAAUGAAAAUGGCUCCUUCUUUAGUGAGAUUAUAUGAACAAAUGCCUGAACCAAAGUAUGUUAUUGCUAUGGGAGCGUGUACAAUUACAGGGGGGAUGUUCAGUACCGAUUCUUAUAGUACUGUUCGAGGGGUUGAUAAGCUAAUUCCUGUAGAUGUCUAUUUGCCGGGUUGUCCACCUAAACCAGAGGCUGUUAUAGACGCUAUAACAAAGCUUCGUAAGAAAAUAGCUAGAGAAAUCUAUAAGGAUCGAAUUAGACCUCAACGGGGUAAUCGGUGUUUUACUACCAAUCACAAGUUUUUUGUUGUACGCAGUACACAGACUGGAAAUUAUGAUCAAGAAUUACUCUAUCCACCAUCAUCUACUUCAGAGAUCUCUACUGAAACAUUUUUUAAAUACAAAAGCCCAGUAUCUUCCCACGAAUUAGUGAAUUAGGGAGGAUUUGAGA